ACCUGCAACACACAACGACUGCGGCAAGUAAAGGAGGUCGCUGCUUCUUCAGUAUUUCUUCUUUUAUGACUGGUUCAGCACAGCUUAUCUGUCCAUGAAGCCAAAGUUCAUAUGCUGUUGUCAAUACCAGGAUGUAUAAGGGGAAGAGGAAGGGACCAAAAGGGGUGGAAGAAAGUGUGUGCGCAAUAUUCUUGAAGGAACAAGGGAAGCCGUCUGACUCUAUGAUCGAAAGCAGUAGUCCUGGAUGGUCCUGAGGAAGUCUAUGAGACCUGGGGAUUUCCUGUGCUACUUCGCAGAAUGUGAUCUCCUCUGAGUUUCUCUGGUGAUCAAUCUCUUCAAACAAAGUUAAAAAACCAAAUGACAACAUACAGAAAAUGGUACAAAGAAAAAGACAGAAGAAUAAUUCUUCCACAGUGCUUUUACCCCCCAGGACCCUAGAAGAAGUAUCAACUCUUUUAUUGUGUCGUGCUACACAUCUGGAAAACCAAAAACUACUUCAGAAACUCUUCAUUUUGUGAGUGGCACCGAUACUCGUGUCCGCUUUUCUGAUGGCUUUUUAGGCUUGGACGUUCAAGUUGGAACACCAUCUAACAGCAGCUGAAUUCAGAAGGAAUGUAAGGGGCCAGGACUUGAGUUCUACGCCAUUGAUCUGAUUCUGUUUUUCUUUGAAGGGGAUGUUCUCUUGGUUUUGUCUGUUUCUCCCAGCACCUUAAACUACAGUGCUGAAGGUGAGUCACAAGCAUGUCAGGCACCAAUGUCACGAUGUGCAAAGAUCACAGUGCCAGCCACCGAUUGCACCUGGUUGGAUACAGCCUGAUCUUCACCGCAGGCUUGCUACUCAAUGUUGCAGCACUCUGGAUUUUCCUGUAUUACCUGAAACUCAAGUCGGUGGUGAGCAUCUACAUGUUAAACUUGGCUGCGAGUGACCUCCUUUUCACCAUAUCUUUGCCCUUCCGUAUUUAUUACUAUUCCAUGGGCGAGUGGCCUUUUGGAACCAUUCCUUGCCAGAUCUCUGGCUCUGUCUUCCAAAUAAACAUGUAUGGCAGCUGCCUCUUCCUAAUGUGCAUCAACCUGGACCGCUUUGUUGCUAUCGUCUAUCCUCUCCGUUGGCGACAUUUCCGACGCCCCAAAGUGGCUCGGCUGCUCUGCCUUGUGGUCUGGGUGCUUAUCCUGAUGGGCUCCGUUCCUGUCGCUGGUGUCCACAAAACAACUUCUUGUGUCAAAGAGAACCGGACCAUCACACUGUGUUUUGAAAGCUUCAGUGAUGGCCUGUGGCAGAAAGGACUCUUCCCCCUGGUUAUUCUGGCAGAGAUCCUCGGUUUUCUUCUGCCUCUGACUUCUGUGUCCUUCUGCUCAGUCCGAAUGUUUCAGAACCUGUGCCAGGCUGAUCGGAAGCAGAACCUGCGCCAGCAGAAAACAAUCCGCAUGCUUGUGGUCAACCUGGUCAUCUUUAUUAUCUGCUUUGUGCCCUAUAACAUUAUUCUGGCCGUCUAUGGGAUGAUCAAGGCCCACGUGAUCAAGACUGGAUCGCCAACACGCGAUUCUGUACGCCAAGCCCUCGUGGUCACUGUGCUGUUGGCCAGUAUGAAUUGCACUCUGGACCCUCUGAUCUAUUACUUCAACACUGAAGGUUUUCGAAAUACGUUAAAGAAGUUGAGAAAGGGGCAAGCGUGGGACUCAGAAACUGGAACCAUUCAGACCCGGAUAAUGGAAGGGAGGACCUACAAGGGAGCUCACACCAAGCCAGGAGCUAAACAGUUUCCAGUUCAGAUCCGCCCCUAUGAAGACUCGCCUUUUGUUUCCCCUAAAAUGUUUCUGAACAGUCCCAUUGAAGACUCUGAAAUAUAAAAAAUGGAUGGGCUCUCAGCUUGCUGACUUUCGGAAGGGAGGGAGGCUAACAGGCAUUGGAAAGUUACUCACUGGACAUUUCCAAAUGGUAAACGGAGUGAAAAUGUGGUGAGACCAAAAAACAAAAAAAGUAAAAGGAGAGUGGUUCCAAACUUUUGACAUUAGUUUCAAACUUUUCACAGUUUUAGGGAGAACUUUGUUUACUGUAUCAUACAGCUUCAUACUAAUGUGUGGCAUCAUUUAUGUUCAUGUUUAUGGCCAGGGCAAGCUCCCAUUUUGAUGCCUUAACUCAGUGGUUCUUAACCUGUGUUACUCAGGUGUUUUUGAACUGCAACUCCCAGAAACCCCAGCCAGCAGAGCU